UGCCUGCUGGAUCUCUGCCCUUCCCUCUUUUCCUUUUUUUUUUUUUCCUCCGGACAUGGAGAUCAAAGGCCCAGAGACUCCCAGCAUCCAACAGCAGAUGGAGAGCUGCCACAGACUACCAGCAAGCCAAACUAAGUCUCAUUCCCCGAAAGCACUGCAUCUGUCGGAGUAGUUUCCUCCCGAGUUUUCUGCCCACCUGUGCAGAGGGGAAACACAGAAGUGAUACCUUUUUCCUGGUUAAUCUCAAGGUUUUCUUCUGAUCGCAGCCUCGUCCUGUGCGCAGAGCUCCAGGCUCUGAACUCUUGAGCCUCCUCCCCCCUUUUCUCUUUUACUCGUUCAGCUGUCACUCUGUCUGUCACCCUCAGGAUAUCCCCUUCCCUCUUUCUAGGGUUUCAUAAUGCGUCGGGAUCUCAUUCAAAGGCACGGGUGGAUUUCAUCCCCCUGCUUUCUCCUUGUUUGAGAAUAUGGACGAGUAUUGAGUGCUACUUCAGCCUGAAUCAACAGACUGGGGUCAUGGAAAUAAGCGAAAGGUCACAGGCCGGUGCCUCACAGAGCCUCAAACUUAACUUUGAAUAACUAGAUACAGAAAUAUUUUAUUUUUGUCUUUUUGGCACUGUUUUUUAAGCUGAGUCAGUUUUUUUUCGGAAGCAGUUUUGUAUGUGUGUUUCUUGGAUCUAUCACAUUUACAAUCAUGGGAAAUGCAGCAGGCAGCAUGGAGGUAUCCCAAGGGAAGGAGGGCAAGGCGGUGUCAGCCCCCCCAGGUUCCACGGGCUCCCAGAAACGGACCGCGAAACUCCCGAUGCCACCUGAGGAAGAACUGGAGCGACGCUUCGGUGCAGUGCUGAACACGAUGAAUCUUCCUCCAGACAAGGUGAAGAUCCUCAGUCAGUAUGACAACGAGAAGAAGUGGGACCUGAUCUGUGACCAGGAGCGGUUUCAAGUGAAGAAUCCACCAUCCGCCUACUUGGAGAAGCUGAGGAGUCACCUGGAUCAUGGAGGAGUCAGUCGGAAGUUUAAGAGACGUGUCCAGGAGUCCACUCAGAUCCUGAGAGAGUUGGAAAUUUCCCUGAGGACCAAUCACAUAGGCUGGGCUCAGGAGUUCCUAAACGAGGAGAACCAAGGCUUAGAUGUUCUUGUGGAUUAUCUGUCCGUCGCCCACAGAGUUGUCACGUAUGACGUGGACACUUUGGAGAAUGGCACACUGCCCACAGACAAAAUCAAGACUGCGGACAAGUCCGUGGAAGAACUGAACAGAAGUGCCAGCAACUCACCUAGUCACAGUGCCUCGAAGGCCAGCAAGGCCUUCACAGUCAGGAAAGCCCCGAGGACUUCUCGUGUUGUGAGCCAGACAGACGACGUUCAUCUCUGCAUCAUGUGUUUACGUGCCAUCAUGAACUAUCAGUCUGGGUUCAACCUGGUGAUGAAGCACCCGUGCUGUGUCAACGAGAUCACGCUCAGUCUCAACAACAGAAACCCAAGGACCAAGGCGCUGGUGCUGGAGCUGCUGGCGGCCGUGUGUUUGGUGAGAGGAGGCCAUGACAUCAUCGUUUCCGCCUUCGACAACUUCAAAGAGGUGUGUGGAGAGAAAAGUCGGUUUGAGAAGCUCAUGGAGUAUUUCUGCCACGAAGACAGCAACAUUGACUUCAUGGUGGCCUGUAUGCAGUUCAUCAACAUCGUAGUCCACUCAGUGGAAAACAUGAACUUCAGAGUCCACCUGCAGUACGAGUUCACUCGUCACGGGCUGGAUGACUACCUCGAGAGGCUGAAGUUCACAGAGAGCGACCGGCUGCUGGUGCAGAUUCAGGCCUAUCUGGACAACGUGUUUGAUGUGGGAGCUCUGCUGGAGGACGCAGAGACCAAGAACACUCUGCUGGAGCACCUGGAGGAGCUGCAGGAGCACAACACACAGUUGAGCUCCAGGCUUCAGGAGAGUGAGCAGGAGGCGAUGGAGAAAGUCUCCGAAAUGGAGAAGAAGCUCAUUCAGAACACAAAGGAAGUGGCACUCCUAAAGGAGAGUCUACGUGAAUCCUGCUCACAGGUGACUCUCCUGCAGCAGCGAGAGCGGGAGAGAGAGCUAGAGCGUGAGAGAGAGAGAGAGAGAGAGCGAGACAAGGAUCGGUCCACCCAGGCCCUGAGGGAGCUGGAGGUUAAAGUCCAGGCGCUGGUGGAGCAGGGCCUGGUCCGGAUGGAGCGCUCCGCCUCCGGAAACCUGGACGUCCAGGUGGUCCCUCUCACCCAGCACGUGAUGCAGAAAGCUAAAGAUGAAGCAGAUUCAGGUAAAGACCACGAGGCCUCUCCCCCGUCCUCAGACCCUCAGCCUCCCCUCUCUCUGCAGCCACCUCCUCCUCCUCAUCCUCCUCCAGGCUCAACUGGAAGUCAUCCACCUCCUCCUCCACCACCUCCACCUCUAGGCUUAACUGGAAUUCCUCCUCCUCCUCCACCUCCACCAGCAGCUCCACCCUUCCUAUUGCUAGGUGGUACGACCCAGCCAUCAGGGGAUGUGACUCAUGGCAGCUCAGGUUGUAAAAAGAAGAAGCCUAUUCAAACCAAAUACCGCAUGCCCCUGUUGAACUGGCAGGCCCUUAAAUCCAACCAGGUGGCAGGAACCAUCUUCAACGAGCUGGACGAUGAGCACGUCUUAGAGGAGCUUGACAUGGCGAAUUUUGAGGAACAGUUCAAGACCAAGGCCCAGGCCGCCCCUGUCGAGCUGGGGACCCUCAAGAUGAAACUGGCCCACAAGACGCCCAGUAAAGUGUCUCUAAUGGAGCCCAACCGGGCCAAAAACCUGGCCAUCACCCUGCGCAAGGAAGGAAUGGCCGUAUCUGAUAUCUGCUGUGCAAUCGAGACGUACAACCAGAGAGCUCUGAGCCUGGACUUCCUCGAGCUCCUGGAGCGUUUCAUCCCCACGGAGUACGAAAUGAAGCUCAUCCACAACUACGAGUGUGAGGGCAGGCCACCUGACGAGCUCAGCGAGGAGGACCGCUUCAUGAUGCGCUUCAGCAAGAUCCCGCGGCUUUCCCAGCGCAUCAGCACUCUCACCUUCAUGGGCAAUUUCCCUGAGAGCGUCCAGCUAAUACAGCCGCAACUGAAUGCCAUCAUCGCCGCCUCAAUGUCGAUCAAAUCUUCCAGCAAGCUGAAGAAAAUCCUCGAGAUCAUAUUAGCGUUCGGAAACUACAUGAACAGCAGCAAGCAAGGGGCAGCGUAUGGCUUCCGCCUGCAGAGUUUAGAUUUGCUGUUAGACACCAAAUCUACGGACCGAAAGCAGACGUUGCUUCACUUCAUCGUCAGCAUCAUACAGGAGAAAUACCCGCAGGUCCAGUCCUUCUACACAGAGCUGCACUUCCUGGACAAGGCGGCGCUGGUUUCUCUGGACAGCAUCCUGCAGGACGUGCGAGCUCUGGAGCGCGGCAUGGAGGUGAGCAGGAGGGAGCUCAGCGUGGAAAAAGACAAUCCUGUUCUCCAGACCUUUCUCAGCAGCAACACUGAGCUGCUCCACUCGCUCACAGCAGACGGAAAAACUGCCCAGGAUGUGUACGACUCUGCUGUGGAGUACUUUGGAGAGAACUCUAAGACCACUCCGCCCUCCGUGUUCUUCCCUGUUUUCGUCAGGUUCAUCAAAGCAUACAAGCAAGCUGAGCAGGAGAACGAGCAGAGGAAGAAACAGGUGCUGAACUGUGAAGCUCCAUCAACUCCACCUAAAGCCGCAGUCAGUGGGAAUAAGAUUUGCGUGAUGUCCAAACUGCCACAGAUGGAUCUGAUCGCGGAGCUAAAGAAGAAGCAGGCGUCUCCUCUGGUGAGGGAGGGGAAGGACGGAGCCAUCGAGGACAUCAUCACAGAUUUAAGGAAUCAGCCGUACAGACGGACAGACGGAGGCCGACGCAGCGCCAAGUGGAAACCAGGACAACAGCUCAACGUGUCCUCAGACAUCUCCCUCUGAAAAACACUGCACACCACACUGAAAGCUUUCGACUGCAAGGGCACAACGUUUAAACGCACUGUGGCAGCCGUCUUACUUCCUCAUGCAUGUUUAAGAACGCAGAGGUGAAAACGCAUGGUUCAGAAAGUCAAACUGUUCCCUGACACACACACACGCUCUUCGUGUUACAGCGAGGCAUCUUUCUGUAUGAAGUCAAAACUCGGAUACACAGGCGCCCAGAUAGCUCAGUUGGUAGAGUGCGCGCCCAUAUAUAGAGGUUUACUCCUUGAC